GGGCAAAUUGCGUACAGGUGAACUUCGAUCGCGGAUAGAAGAGGGAACAACCUGUAUGGUUAUCCGAUUCAAAUUCGGCUUCUAGCAGGCAGUCAACGACGCGACUUUGGUGAGGUGAUGCAUCGAAUGGGACUUGACUAACGCGCGCCGAUGUCCGAAUUUUCGCACUUUUGUUGACUUGCAGUGUUCUAAAGUGAAGCCGGCACACUUAAGUGAAGAGCCGGCAAUUUUUCAAGAGAGAAUUUCGAAUUUUACAAGACUAGGCACUAUUUCGUUCAACCAUGGAGGGACCAAGCGAUUUGGAGCUCAAAAGGAGGCAGCUCAAGAAUCAAGCAUCUACAGUGCAAACCCGAAGACAACAGGCUGUUUGCGUUAGGAGGGCCUACAAGAAAUAUGGCAGCAAAAGCAACCCUUAUAUCAUUUUGGAUGGACUCAAUAUGACAGUACCUAAGGGAUGCAUAUAUGGUCUUCUAGGAGCUAGUGGUUGUGGAAAAACCACAUUGCUUAAUUGCAUAGUUGGUAGAAAACGUUUGAACGCUGGUGAAAUAUGGGUGUUAGGAGGUACUCCUGGUUCAAGAGGCAGUGGUGUACCAGGACCCAGAGUGGGAUAUAUGCCUCAAGAAGUUGCGCUAUACGGCGAGUUCACGAUCAGGGAAACGCUGAAAUAUUUCGGAUGGAUAGCAGGAAUGGAGAACAAGGACAUCGAGGAGAAACUCAACUUCCUGAUGGAGCUCCUGAUGCUGCCCAACGCUGACAGGCAGGUCAAGAACCUGUCCGGUGGACAGCAGAGGAGGGUGUCUUUUGCUGCUACCUUGGUGCAUGAACCUGAGCUUCUAAUUUUGGACGAACCCACUGUUGGUGUGGAUCCGUUGCUUAGGGCCAACAUCUGGAAGCAUCUGGUGCAGAUCACGAAGAGUGGAAGGACUACGGUCAUCAUCACCACCCAUUACAUAGACGAAACCAGGCAGGCCCAUCAGAUUGGUUUGAUGAGAGGUGGAUACCUUCUUGCCGAAGAAUCACCUGAAAGACUCAUCACUCAGUUCAAUGCACAAAGUUUGGAAGAUGUGUUCCUCAAAUUGAGUGUUAUACAAAAUAUGGGGAAAAGAAGGAGGUCCAGCAUAGCACAAGGUGUCACAGAGGCUAUAACUGUUCCCACAGGAGUAGUUAAUGAGGGCGCCACCAUCGACGAUGAAAUCUGCGAAAUUUCUGGAGAAUUCGGGGACAAUGUCUCCAUCACGAGCAGAAGCAGGAGGGUAUCCAUCUCCCCAGAUACCACAGACACUCCCGCUGCCUUGGAACUACCCCCAGAUGAAGAACCACCAGUCCAGUUCUCCGACUACUUCAAGAUCCUCAAACUGAACCACAUGAAGGCUCUGGUUUGGAAGAAUUUCCUGUGGAUGUGGAGGAACAUACCGGUGAUGGCCUUCAUCAUCGGUCUACCUGUCUGUCAGACUGUACUCUUCUGUCUGUCCAUAGGACACGAGCCGAAAGGAUUGAGCCUAUCCGUCGUCAAUAACGAGAUAGAUUUCCCUUACGAAACGUGCCAAUUCACCCCUGGAUGUAACAGUUCGAGGCUCAGUUGUAACUACCUCAGUUUUCUACAGAAUAAAUCGUUGAAUUUGUAUUAUUAUAACAAUACCGAUGAGGCGUUGGACACAGUGAGAAGAGGAAAUACUUGGGCAACUUUAGUGAUACCAGAAAAUUUCUCUGACGCCCUGAGAAAUCGAAUGAACUUGGGUAGAAGCGUACCAGGUUGGGAUAUUGAUAGUUCGACGGUCUACGUACACCAGGACAAGUCAAAUGAAAAUAUUGGUACGUUCAUCCAGAGAGAUUUAUACUAUUCCCUUCAAUCCUUCUUCGAAAACUUCGCAGAAUCAUGUGAAUAUAGUCCUAGGGUAGGAAGGAUCCCAUUGAGAUACGAGAAAUUUGUUUAUGGAGAUGACUCCCCUGAAUUCACCAAUUUUGCUGCCCCUGGUGUUAUUUUGACGAUCAUUUUCUUCUUGGCAGUCGCUCUAACCUCUGGUGCCAUGUUGUUGGAGAGGAACGAGGGUAUAUUGGAAAGGUCUUUAGUCAACGGUAUCACAGGGACGGAGAUGCUGUUCUCUCACGUGAUCACCCAGUUUACCGUUAUGAUUUUCCAAACUAUCCUCGUCAUUGUAUUCACUUUUUACAUUUUCGAAUUGUCCCAGAAUGGAAACAUAUUUUCUGUUGUAUUGCUGACAGUUCUCACUGGAUUGUGUGGGAUGUGCUUCGGUUUUGUGGUAGCCUGUUGCUGUGAUAACGAAAGAAGUGCCACCUAUAUGGCCAUGGGAAGUUUCUUGCCAAUUGUUAUGUUAUGCGGUAUUAUUUGGCCCAUUGAGGGAAUGUUUCCUAUCUUGAGGGCUGUAUCGUUUUUCUUGCCACUGACCAAAUCGACUGAGAGUCUACGGUGUAUCCUCGCAAGAGGUUGGGGAUUGGACAAUCCUGUAGUCUACGAAGGGUUCAUCUGGACCCUCAUAUGGAUCACAAUUUUCCUGUCAAUAAGUAUUCUGGUGCUCAAAUUCAAGAAAGGAUAGUGUUUAGGCGUAUUUUUUACUCAGUAUCUAAGUUUUGUUGUAUAAAGAUGAUAGUUUAAAUAAAUUAUUACUAUUUA